AUGGACGUCAAAAAGAAGCACGAGCUUGAGGCAGCCCUCGCGACCGAGGCGCAGGCAAUCUCGUCUGGGCAGCUGAAGGAGGAAAAUCCGCUGGACCUGAGUGAUGACUUUAGGUUGUUCUGCGAAGCAUGUCGGCGGGGUGACUUGAAGGUCUGCCAGGAAAUGAUCUCGCAGGGUGUCAACCUCAACGCGAGAGACAAAUACGAUUACACGCCAUUAAUUCUGGCCAGCUUGUGCGGUCAUUACGAGGUGAUACGGCUGCUCCUCGAGAAUGGUGCGCUCUGUGAGCGAGACACCUUCCAGGGCGAACGAUGCUUGUACAAUGCCCUCAACGACCGAAUACGAAACCUGCUGCUCUCUUACGACUACGCGAAAUCAACAAACCCGCUGCAGCCGCUCGCAGCGCACAUCACCUCGCUCCUGACUCGACCAUCACCCAGGACCGCUGACAUUACCAUCACUGCCUUCGGCCAGACCUUUCACCUGCAUAAAUUCUUGCUGGCUGCUCGAUCGCCCUACUUUGCAAAGAAGCUGACAGCGGCGCCCUCUACAGCGUCAUGGAAACUGCCGGACAAGAUACCCGCAGAGUCGCUGGGAAUGGCGCUGCAAUAUCUAUACUUCCAGGAGGUAUCCAUCCGGCGCGCGCUCUUGGGCCUGGAUGAUGAACAAGAGCUCAUGGUUCUCAACGGGAUUGACAAGAUUGGCAAGCAGCUCGAGAUUGAGAGGCUUUUCGAGGAUAUCACGGAGAUUGACGACCGGAGACGACUACGACAGCGCAGGGCAGACGAACUCUCGCGAGGUCGCGAUCAAAUGCAUGAUUGGUUUCAAAAUAACAUCGUGAAACACAAGAGGGUCGUCAACACGGACAAGGUCGACAACAUCAAGUGGGAUCGCGACAAUUCCAUCUUUGCCGACAUUCUAUUGCGCGCAGACGAUGAUGAAGACGACGCGCCUGAGCUGAGCACUUCCACUCGUGCCACAAGAUCUACAAAUGGACCGCUCAACGGUCUCCCCGUGGGUCCGGUACGGUCGCGAUCUCCCUCGCGGCAACGGAAGCCUAGAAAGUCGACCGUCUAUCCAGCGCACCGUGCAAUGCUGCUACGGUCCGAGUACUUCCUCACAAUGUUCAGCUCAGAGUUCAAGGAGGCGCAGGAGACACCACAUCUUCAAGUCGUCACCGUUGACUGUUCGCCAGCUGUCCUCGAGACGAUUCUCACCUUCAUGUACACCGAACGCGCUGACUUUGGUCUUGAUAUUGCCAUCGACGUGCUUUUUGCCGCAGAUAUGCUUUUCAUUGAAAAGCUGAAGCAGCGCGCUGCCAUCAUCAUAUCUGCGCUAGGUAAUGGGUCUACAUCAGCCGUGGAGUCCGAUAACCCGCGUGGUGCAACUGAUGCUGAUGAGACGGUUGACAUUUACGAAGUCCUCCAGGCUGGGUGGGAAACCAAGGUACAGCGCCUAGAAGAGUUUGCAGCUCGUUAUAUCGCCUACCGACUCGAAUUCUACAUAGAUGAGCCUGAGUUCGCGCAGAUCGUGCAGGAGUCUGCCAGCAGGGUCAAAGCGCGUCAGGAGACAGAUACUGUCGAGUUGGUGGAUGACAUUCGUUAUUAUCUUUCGGAGCGCUUCAGACUUCGAUUUGAGGACAGUGGACUUGAUGAGAUGAUGGAUGAGGAUGCUGCUAUCAAGGCCGCCGAAGCGGACCUUGGGGUUGCCAUGGACGACGUUUCCCUGGAAGAGAAGAAGAAAGAAGAGCAAGCACCUCUACUCGAGCAGCAAAUGGCUGCUGGAGCUAUACGAACUCUCGAUGGCGAUAUUAUCGGCGACGAGUUUCUGCAGGAUGCUCAGAACUAUCAAAUCCUGCUAGGCAAGAUUGACAGUCUACUAGAAAGGCUCAACUUAGACGCUUAG